AUGACCGCUGUUCUCUCUGCGACUGAUCCUCUCAGGCGGGAUAGGAUCAUGGGGCACGAUGAUAAUCAGAUCAAUUUCUCUACCGUACCGACGGACUGGAGGGCGAAGUACAACGAGGUGGCCGAUAUGCUGGCAGAAACUCGCGCCGAACUCGAAGACUUCCAGAACUCCAGCAAGGAACUGGAAGAGGAGUUGGAAAGAGAAUUGGAGAGAACAGAGAAGGCCCAGCAGGAGCUGAAGGUGAAGGCCGCCAGAGCCGAGUCCGAGAGAGACGAAUGGAAGAAUAAGUUUAUGUCCCUUCAAACUACCCAUAAUACAACCACCACUUCUCUGCAGCGCGAGCUGGACACGCUGAGACAGGAGCAUCAGCACGUUAAAGUGCAAUUGCGGGAGCUAGAGAUGGGUAAUGAUGAUCUGGAGCGGAAUGAGAGGGCCAUCUCUUCUAGCCUGGCUGACAUCGAGUCGAAAUAUUCCCGAGUAUUGGAGGAGAAGAUUCUUUUAGAACAUGAGCUGCUGGACAAGGCUCACUUGGAAGAGGAGUGUCAGCGUCUAAGAGACGAGCUGAGAGAUGCUAAUGAAGAAAUAUCCGUCAUAAAGGACCAGCUGGCUGCGGUACAAGCACGACAGGUAGUGACAGAGCUGUCUACCCCGCCAUCGUCUGCGCCAGCUUCAGAUGAGAAUCUUCUUAGCACAGCGCCUCCGGCUGAUCUACAGCUUUCCGAUCUCUCGCCCCCAUGUCUAGAGCCUUCAGCAGCACCGCCAGUUGCACCACCUUCUCCGCCAGCUGAACCGGAUACGCCUAAGCAGACGGCGCAGCGGUCGCCGUUCAACCCAACUCGUUCCAUCAGGCCCCCUGGCUCAAGCUCAUCUCCUUUCGCGCGCUCAACCACCUUGCCAACAUUAUAUACUCGUGGUACUCCUAAGACUCCGACGUCCAGACCAGGACUGGCCACCCGUACUUCAUCAACGAGCACAACAAGUAUUACUACCACUACCGGAACUGCCUCUAGGAGUAAAGGUGUCCAAAUGGUGUCGGAGAUGCGUGCACGGGUGAAGAAUUUGGAACAGAAGAUCCAUACCCGCGUGCCUCGCUUGCGGAUGGGCAGCGUGACAGGCAAAAAUCCUGUGGCAGAAUCGACGUCUAGCCCUAUAGCAAGCACGUCGUCGCCUGUCCCAUCCACUAGUUCUUCGACCCUGCGAUCAGAGACUUCAAGAAGGAGUGCUGAGAGCUACGACAGCCAGAAGAGCGAAACGAAGCGAGUGGUAUCCCCAGCAGACUCUACAGGCUGGGUCCUCAUUAUGGAGGAUUCGCCUACUCCCGUGAAGGAGAAGGAUAAGGAGCGCCGAAGAUCAUCAAGCCCCCUCCGACCCUUAGCACCCAGUGCUUUCCGUUCUCCGAAGUCGAGCCUAGAUGAGACUGAGUCGUUCACGAAUACAAGCAGAAGGAGCCAGUAUGCCCUGUCGAAGAGUACUACCGGAAUAAGGCGCCCGCAGUCCCGGCUAUCGGACGGGAGAACGAGUGCCAGUACGGCUACUACUGCCAGCUCCAUCCAUACUCCCCUGUCCUCCCGACCUUGCACGCCGACGUUCCUGCCCCUGCCUACAAGCAGCAUUCAUUCAACUUCGAAUUUGAAGAAAUCCGUAGGGCCUGGGGCAAAACCACCUUCACAGCCUAAACGUUCAUCAUUGGGUCACAGCCCGGUCAAGGGUGGCUUCAGUUUCCGCGAGAGACCAUACACCAUGCCAGCGCCGCCCAGACCGGAGAGUGAGGCGUCUUCCCCCAACACCGAGAAAGAAUUACCACGAUUCCCCCAAAGCCAGUCAAACGUGACUCUGCGGCCACCAUCCAAGUUUGCAAUGAGUUCCUCGUUGCUGUCGCAGAGCAGAAUCGGACGGCCUUCCGGGGGUAGGAGAAGUGGCGGGGGUGAUCUUUCCGAUGACCCGUCUUCUGGUGACAGAACUCGAGGUAGAUCUGGUAGCACUGUGUAUGGUCGCAGUGCUGCUUGA